AUGUGGUUCAACCCGAGCAUUCCCGCACCAAUCGCUCCUGAAGUCUCUCGACCGGCCAGUCAGGUCGCUCCCCCCGUUGUUGAUCCAACCAAACUGGAGAAUUACCAGCUCUUGGAUGACAGAAUAAGGGCCAUUGAGGGCUUCUCUUCUUUCGGCAUAGACGCUCGAGACCUCUGCUUGGUCCCGAACGUGGUGUUGCCCCAAAAGUUCAAGGUGCCCGACCUCCCCAAGUACAAAGGCCUUAGCUGUCCCCGCAGUCAUCUCACUAUGUACUGCAGGAAGAUGGCUUUGCACAUUGAUAACGACAACCUCCUGAUUCAUUGCUUCCAAGAUAGCCUGACUGGGGCUUCCUUGGAUUGGUAUAUGAGUUUGGAGCGCUUGAAGAUCCGACCAUGGAGGGACCUCUCCGAGGCAUUUUUGAAACAAUACAAGUACAACCUUGACAUGGCUCCAACAAUGUUUCAACUACAGAACCAGUCGCAAAGAUCUAAUGAAACCUUCAAGGAGUAUGCUCAACGUUGGCGUGAAAUGGAGUCUAGGGUUCGACCAGCACUAUCUGACAUUGAGUUGGUUGACAUCUUCAUGGGUACACUGCAAGGGCUGUAUUUUGAGAAGAUGAUUAGCAGUUCAUCAAUAAAUUUCUCCGAUAUGGUUACUAUUGGGGAACAUGUUAAGAGUGAGCUGAAAUCAGGGAAGAUAAUAGACACGACAACACAGCAGACAAUCAAUAAGAGGGCGCAUGGGGGCUUCGCUAAUAAGAGGGCGCAUGGGGGCUCGCCCCCGAUAUCAAGUUCUGAUGGCCCCUAUGCCGUACUACCUGUAUCCAUAUGUUGCCGCAGCUCAAUACCAACAACCGCCUUUCCAGUAUCAACCACAGAGAAGCAAUUAACAAUCAGCUCAUACUCAGAAAGAUCAGAAUCGACAAUACAACCGUGA